GGAAUUACUUGCUACACUAGGAAAGGAUGUCACGCCCCACAUAUCCGGUUAGACAUCUAUCCAACCCUACUCCUGAACAAACGGAGGAGUCAAUCCGGUUGUCGAUGGACGCCUUUCGAGGUGAUUCCUUCCUCCGAACCACACUAGGAGGUCAGGAGGCAGACGAAAACCUCUUCUACCGGUUCAUGCGCGCACAUGUUGUCGGCGCAGUAGUCGACGGCCAGCUCUGGGUCGCCGAGGACCUAGCCUCAGAGGAACCAAAGAUCGUCGGCGUGGCUCUCUGGUUUCCCCCUGGGACGGAAUUCCUAGGUACGGAGGAGGGGAGGAAGGAGGCGGGGAUGGAUAAGGUCAUUGGGAGUUUGAGCGAGAGCAUGCAACGGUGGUGGUAUGAUUAUUUCAUCCCCGGAGGAGCGAAACAAGCGAACACCUACCUCGGUCCUUCCGCAAAACACGACGCCUACCACAUGCUCAUGCUAGCCGUCCUUCCCUCCUACCACUCGAAAGGCAUCGGACGUACGCUUCUCUUCGCCCAAGCCAGGGGCGCAUUCGAGCAGGGCAAACGUGUCUGUUGGGAAGCGAGUAACGAGGUUAAUGUUGAGAAGUAUGGGAGGUGGGGAGGGAGGCCGAGGGGGAAGGAGAGGUAUGAUGGGGAUUCGGGGGAAGGGGGAGGAGAGAGGGGAUUUGAUAUGUGGACGAUGGAGUUGCCCAAGCCGGAGACGGGGUUGCUGUGA